UGCAUGUACGAUGUUAACACUUCCAUAUUCUCCUUUUCGCAUUCUUUAACGUUGUUGAUCACUGUAUAAAUCAUAGGAUUCAUGGAACAUAAAGCAGUCGGGUUGAGAAAAGGGGCGUGGACGAAAGAAGAAGAUGUUCUGCUAACCAAGUGCAUCGAGAAGCAUGGAGAAGGGAAAUGGCACCAAGUCCCCAUUAAAGCUGGGCUAAACAGGUGCAGGAAGAGUUGCAGGCUGAGAUGGUUGAACUAUCUCCGACCGAACAUUAAAAGAGGUUUAUUCACGAAAGACGAAGUGGAUCUCAUUGUAAGACUUCACAAGUUGUUAGGCAACAGAUGGUCAUUGAUAGCUGGUAGACUUCCCGGAAGAACAGCGAACGACGUGAAGAACUUUUGGAACACCCACGUCAAGAAAUUAUCUGGUGGCGGAAGUUGCAAGGAAAAAACCAUGCAGAAAGACAUCACUAAGAGUAACAUCAUCAGACCUCGACCUUGGACCUUCUCCAAAUCACAAUUAACUGCACGAGCUGCUUGGCUCAGUGAACCAAGCAAAACAAACCAUGAAAAUCCCGAGAACAAGAAGCCGAUGUCUACAUCUCCGUCAUCACCGUUGCAAAACGAUGAUGCAAAUUUGAUCAAGAGCACGCAACCGCCAUAUUCAUCAUCACAUGAAGCAGCAGAUGAAUGCUUUCAGUGGUGGAGCAACUUGCUCGAAUUGACUGAAAAUCGUGUGGAUGGAUUAAACACGCUUUCCUUUUCCGACGUCGACGGCCCCCAGAUGGAACCAUUGUUGUUGUCGUCAAAUAAUUACGUCAAUGAACGUGGGUUCAGUAGUUUGUGGGGAGAUGUUGAUGUUUGGGAACUUGUAAACUUUCAUGAUCAAUGAUUAAUUCAUGCAAUUAAUGAUCAGAAUUGGCGCUUUUGCAGGAUUUGAGAAGGAAAAUUUUGCCUUUCUCAAAUUUGGUGGAAUUAAAUUAAAUACAGAGCAAAUACAUCACAUGAAGAUAUUUUAUCUGUACAAUAAAUGAAUUGCACUUUUUAUAUAAUUAGUUCAUAUU